AUGUCCUCCGCUCAUUAUCUGAGGCGGUCCAAUUCAUCCUCUCGGUCCAAGGCUCCUUCAACUCGCCGGUAUUCAGACUCUGACGAAUCUCCGCCGUUGUCCCCUACCUCCUCUGAAGAUUCUUCGGCCGACGACGACGAAGUCAACCGCCGCAUUCAACCCUUCUGGCCCAAAUACCAGCUCCUCUUCAAAGCACGAGGAUUUCACCUAGAUACUGUGAGGGACGUCAAGAAUUUUUACAGUCGCCGGAUACAACAGCCUCCCUCCGACCUCUUCUGCCGCGUUCCGUACUUUUCCAGUCGGGAGGAGUUUCAGAAAGAUGACGCGCUCUGUCCGGACGCUGGCUUGGUCUGUCAACCUUUGCCCACUGCGGACGGUCUGGACUGA